AUGGCUUCGUCGGCCAGCAUUGCGGUCUCUCCCCGCAAAAUGGACACUAGCGCUCUCUCCAUCGGCAGACUCUCCGACCUCAAACAACGUCGUCUCCAAUACACCGAAGAAAUGGCCAAACAUACGGUCCAGUUGGAGUCAGUCACGGAAUACCUUGACAUCCUGCUUCCUCGUACCAAAGACAUCCCGGAGCUUCCUAAGUUGUCCCGAAACCCGUUCAAAUCUCUGAAAAGAGCUGAUGCAAUGGUGGAGAAAGACGUUACGGAUCUUUUCCUCGAAGCCGUUGAAACUCACCAUCUCUCUCCAAAUCUGGCCAUGCGUCGCUCUGAAUCCAGACCUGAUUCCAUAUCACUCGACGUGACCAGACAGAAGGUGGACGCCGCUUUUUUCAAACCCGAAGACGCGCCAAACGAUGGACGCCCCCAUUGGAUCGACCAGUAUCUCCCUGUGGAAUUCAAGAAUCGUAAGCAGGGUAACAAGUUUGAUCCCUUUGAUGAUCGCACGCAUGGCAUCGUUGAGGCCGAUGCGAUUCUACGCAAGCAGAGUAGAGGCCAGGUCAUUUCGUACGCUGAGCUCCUCCUUGCUCUGCAGCAUCGCACCUUCCUCUUCAUGCUCCUCAUUGUCGGUCGCCGUUUCCGCCUCUUGCGCUGGGACCGCUCUGGAGUCAUCAUCACUAGGUCCACCGACUAUUACAAGAAGCCGGAACUCCUGCGCGAGUUUCUGUGGCGGGUCUCCUACGCGUCGCCGGAUGCACUUGGGUUGGAUCCCACCGCUGUUCGCCUUCCACGGACACCUCGUAACAUAAGCGAGCUGCAAGGCAUACUCGCGGAUCUCGAGAAGCGUGCAGUGGACCACACUCCUCGCCAGCUGGAAAGCCCGUUCCCGAAGAAUCACGUCUUCCGCUAUGUCUUAGAUCUCUUCAAGGGAUCUAUCGCGGUCGAGGAGUGGCCACUUUACCACCUAUGGAUCUCAGAGCGUUGCUUCCUUGUCGGAAAGCCUGUAUCCCCUUCCCAUGGGGUCGCUGGUCCCGGUACCCGUGGUUAUGUCGCUUACGACGUCAAAGAGAAGCGCCUCGUGUGGCUCAAAGACACAUGGCGUACGUGGUACGAUGGAGUCGAGGCGGAGGGUCAGGUUUUGGGCCGAUUGAACGACGCUGGAGUUAGAGGCGUUCCUACCGUCAUAUGUCACAGUGAUAUUGGAAACCAGGUGACGACCACGGGAAGGCUGUGGGAGAAGAAACACCCUCUCCCAGAUGCUCAUCCACACACGGAUCCACCGCCUUUGUUCUCCUCCUCCACAACUCCCCCUUUCCCCGUGGCAUCUGGCUCGGUAAACCGGAGAUCCGAGACCGGGAAGUCGCGCGGGAAAGACAACAAGAAGCGGAAGCGCGAGAGCCUCGAUACCCACUACACUACUCCUACGCCACUUGAGCCCCAGGAUGGUUACGUUCCGAGGUUCCGUGUUGAUUGCCCUAUUGAACAUCGCAAACAUUGUCGUAUCGCUUUCGGAGAGGUCUGCUUCCCGCUCAAGGAAUUUCUGAACGCCCAGCAACUGGUACACAUCAUCUUACAAUGCAUCUACGCAGCAGCGUCACACAAGCUGCAAGUUCACGUUCUUCAUCGUAACAUCACAGAUCGCAAUAUCAUGAUCUAUCCUAGACUGAAGAACACGAAGCCGGGCGUCGCUCCGGCAGUGGAAUGGACCGGAGUUCUCAUCGAUUGGGCCUCUUCCAAGCCUAUCGUUGGAGACAAUGAGCUGCACUACGCUCGUCAGCCAGUAUUCAUAGGGUGUUGGCAGUUCGCAUCCGCCAAUCUCCUCACGAACAGCUUACAGCCAGUGAAGAAUGCGGACGAGCUGGAAUCUUUUCUCUACGUCCUCAUAUACUAUGCGGUACGAUACCUCGAGUCCAAUUUAUGCGACUACGACGUAGCUUCGUUCAUCGACCAGGCUUUCGAUUGCUACAGCGUCUAUCAGGAGAAGAUCAUCGUGGGCCAGCACAAGGCGAUACUCCUUCGUUUGGGCAAGCUCGUGUACAGCUCCUUCGACGUCAUUGAUAUAUCCUUCGACAACCCUCCCUUGGAUUCAUUGAUAUCUGAGCUCCUUUCAUGGUUCCAGGUCUACUACUCCGAGGCGAAAUUGUUACCCACGACUCCCUCGAUACACAAAGCUACUGCUCGCGAAUGUCCCGGAUCUCCUACUCCCCCACCCAAGAAAGUCGCCAAGCGCUUGGAGCCGGCAAGCAGCUCGAUCCGUAGCCAUAUCACACACGGCAACAACAGGUCGAGAGCAGCUACGGCGGGCGGCGACCAGCCGCCUCAGUCGAGAUCCGAUGAAUCGCCAUUGGAACGGCCGCCACCACGGAAGAUCACCAUACCAUCGCACAGAGGCAUGAUUUGGCGAUUCCUUCAAGUGAACGAUGAUCCGUCAUGGGUGUCUCAGCCGCCCGUGGGAGAUCGCGUCCAAUCGGCUAACUAUACAUCCAACGUCACUCUCUUGGAUACUAUUGAGGCAGCAACUGUGAGACCUGGUGCUAAGCUUCCUCUUACCGUGCGGAAGAAGCUCUAG